UUUCAUUUCUGUCAUACAUCAGUUUGAGAAGAGAUCUCGUGCUUAGGACACAAGCCCAGGUGACUAUGGCGGAAGUGUGACCAGAGGAUACAUUUCAGCUGGAUGGAUGGAAUGAGAUUUGUGUAGAGUUAUGAAGAGAUAAACACCAGGUACAGCACGUGGUACGAGAGUUACCCGCCCUUUCUCCAUUCGACCUUCGCUGAGGAAGUGGACCGGCAUUUGAGAUAGGACAGGUCCAAAUUCCAAGAGAAAUCAGCCGAUAUGUCACUUCUUCGGCGUGUUUUGUCCUACACCAGUGAUCCGGAGGUAGUGGCAAGAUUCCAAAAGGCAUGUGGUAUCAUCCAUACACCGGAUUUGGUCAAUUUUAAUGACGAAAGCAAGCAUAAUGGUGAUAUAAACCGGCACCUCAACGGUAUUUCUCCAGACACCUAUCCGAAUGGGAAAUCUUCGCUUGUAAACGGUGUUUAUUCCAAUGCAGGUAGUAAAAUGGAUUCCGAAGUCUCAGACAAUAAACCACACAGAAACCAAGAUUCGGAUUCACCACUCAAACACAGGAACGGUGCUGUGAAAAACCAUGAAAUUACGGAUAAAGACAAGAAAAAGGCAGUGAACGGUGUGAUACGUACUGGUACAGUGCCUUUCCGCAUCGAAAACGCCUUCUUGUACUAUUUAUUUUCUUUCGGGGCACAACUUGGAAAUGCUCUAUUUUAUGUAACAUUUUAUUCCUUCUCCUUUUGGAAUUUUGAUUCUUAUGUUACCCGGAGAAUAUGUCUAGUUUGGUGUAUAUGCAUGUAUUUUGGACAGGCGACUAAGGACAUCGUGCGUUUGCCACGCCCCAAGUCCCCUCCAGUCGUUCGACUGGAAACUCGAUAUGAACUCGAGUACGGAAUGCCUUCGACUCAUGCAAUUGUUGGGACUGCCCUUCCUUUUUCGAUGCUUAUUUUCACCAGUGGGAGAUAUGAGUAUUCCAUGUUUGUUGGCCUGCUGAUCGCAGUAGCCUGGUGCAUUCUGGUCUGUAUGAGUCGUAUCUACCUCGGCAUGCACAACAUUCUGGAUGUGAUUGCAGGGCUUCUGUUUGCUGUCGUAGUGAUGACCUUCACCGUGCCCUUCGUUGACCCGAUGGACAAGUUCCUCGUCACACAUCCGCUUUCGCCAGUAAUUUUACUGUCUCUGCCCAUAAUCCUCUCUCUACUGUAUCCAAAACUAGACAAGUGGAGUACAGCACGUGGCGACACGACCCUCAUUCUGUCAAUCACCGGCGGCUUGUUCCUCGGCACCUGGAUCAACUACAACCAAGGCUUCAUGAGUCCCAACGAUGCCUCCCUCCCCUUCUCGCUGAAUUUCCAGUACCAAGCAAUCCUAAUAGCAAUGCUCAGGCUGGUGUCAGGAGUGGCUGUCACCCUCAUUUUACACCACUACAUGAAGAACUCUGUGUAUGCGUCUCUCUGUUUCAUCCUCAGUAUGGACCCAAAAGAUCCCAAAACCAAACAAAAGUUCAUUGUGGAACUUCCGUACAAGUACAUAAGCUACUUUUUAAUAUCACUGAACACUGUAUAUACCAUUCCUCUCAUGUUCCAUUACCUUGGCAUACCCCGAAUGUCCUACUACACAGAAAUUUAAUGUGGAGUUUUGCAAGUUAUGGAAACAUUGUUUUAAGCUUUGUACAUGGCUACUCCCCCUCAACUGUCAUAAACCCCUUCAAUGGUCUUAGUACUGUGAAAAGACUGUAGAGUUUGAGAGGUAAUAUAGAUCUCCUUCACUUUCCUCCACCUCCCCUCAUACCUAUCCCCCCUCAUCUCUACUCACCUGGGGCGGUGGUGUAGCCCAGUCGUUAAAGCGUCGCUCCUCACACCGAAUGCCCGGUUUCGAUUCCCCACAUGGGUACAACGUGUGACGACAAGUCUGGUGUCCCCCGACGUGAAAUUGCUGGAAUAUUGAUAAGCGCAGGGUAAAACCCAUUCAUACAUUCAUUCUACACACCUACUUUUAUGUGGAUGUGGUUGUUCUAUUGUAGUGAGAUGUCUCCAGAGGUUUUGAUAGGAAAAAUCAAGUGUUCAUUAAAUCUGUAGAGAUCUCCUUCCUGUAUCUAAGUUAUGUCUUAAUGAUGAAAAAAGUAUUGAGAAGCUAAACAUAGUAAACACAAAGUGCAACAUCUAUUCUUAGUAGGUGGCACUCUUUUCAUGUAUUGUUCCCAGGAAUUGUGUCAAAUACAUAUGUCAGCUUUGCAGGUCCAAGAUGACAGAAAUAUGUUAGUUGACAAGAAUAAGAUAAAGCUCUGUAAUUAUGUAUUUUCUUGCAGUAUUGUCAUGAAUUUAUUCUGAAAACUGUAGUGUCAUUGAAGUAAACUGAAAAAAGCUAAUGUAUAAAAUGGAGUACAUUUAUGGUAAGAUUCAAUCUGGUUAAAGUGGAAAGUUUGGUGAAACUAAUUUGUUUGAUAGCAACAGGACACUUUUGUAGAGUAAUAUUAUCAGUAUGUUCUUAAAUCAAAGAAUCAUUAUUUAUCAUUUAAGUCCUUCCUGCUUUAUGAAACAUCCAUCCCACUUGCCCUAGACUCUCUGUGUUGGGAAUAUCUUUGUCUUGACCCCAAUAAUCAGAGAGGUAUCAUAGUUAGCAUGUUAUGAACAAAUUUUUUAUGUUGGAACUCGUUCUGGAGCUGUGUGUUAUUUGCUCCCUGUUAUGAUUGUUUGUAUGAAAUGUAUAUUUUCAGAGUUGUUGAUGUUUCUGUGUGUUCAGAUGACACUGUUGCCUCAGACAUUGUUGUUGGUGAUAUAGCUUCUAUCAUUUCCUUGUGUGGGAGUUUGAUUCAGACUGCCUAUAUUAACGUAACAUUUUUGCUAUGAUUGCUCAGAACAUGGAAAGAUGAAGGAUAAUGGUGUAUAUUUAUUUGUGAAGUUUUGUUAUACAAGUGUUUGAAAUCAGUUCAAGCUCAAUUUAUUUUGCUACUGUAAAACUAUAAUGUUCAAUACACAAUGUACAUGGAGACAGUUCACUACUCUAAGCAGAGUAAUAUAUCCCAUGUAGUGUGUUAAUCAGACAUGUACAAAUCAGAACUCUUCAAAGAGAUUAUUGGUGUUUCUUUGAAACAUAAUAUAAUAAUCAACAAAUAAUUUAAUAUUUCAUAGACCAGAAUAAUAUGGGAUUAAUAUCUUCACCCAUUUAACUAUAGUUUUAUGUCUCCAAGAUUUGCAUUUGCUGGUUUUUCUGUGUUUUUCUAGUAUUAUGAUGGGUGAAGCCAAUUCCUUUGAGUGUGAUGUGAGUUAAGAAUGUGAAACUCACACCCUCACUGAUUGAACUGUAACUUGCGAGCUUGGUGUCCAUUGUUGCUCAGGUUAGCUCCAGUCAUGAUGUCAGGAUAUGAAGCUGGCCUCAACAGCUGCACCUCGAUACUUAUAGUCAUCAUAAACUGUUAAUUACCUAAUCACCUAAUUUAAACCUGUUCUAUUCUAAUGGAAUAAAUGUUUUAGCAUUAGUAAUGUACGUCAUUUUAAGUACCACAAGUAUCUUAAUAAAUUAACCUUUUUAAUAUACAAAUCCUUAUUUAUUUGCUAUCAAGCACAUGUUGCUUCAUUUAAAAGCCAGUUCUAUCUUUUGCUGCUUUUUAUCUCCAUUGUAGAUUAAGUUUUGAUCUUAAAUGUAUGCAUCAAAUUGUUUCAGAAAGUGAACUGCAACAGCAAUUCUUGACUAUAUUUCACUGUGAUGACUGUAAUGAUGAUUGACUUAACUACUAGAUGGAUUACUUCCUCUAAGGGUAGUGGGGAGGCAGAGUAGCCUAGUGGAUAGAGCGUUUGCUCGUCAUGCUGAAGAUCCGGGUUCUAUUCCCCACAUGGCCACAAAACUAAGCGUUUCAAAUAAUAUUGUCUCUGACCAACCAUCUCUGUCAGCUGCAUACCCAAAGUGAAAAACAUUUUUUAUCCACAGUAAUCAAACUACAACCCACCCGACAACAGAGAAAUGUUGAUGAGAAGCAAUAGCAAGUAAUCAGAGUUACCUCCCUUGAACUGGUAGUUUUAACUGCAUCUUCCAGCUGCUGCAAUAAAUGGAAUUAAAUGUGAUAAUGAAAA